AUGCCGCACGAAGUGGACGACUACGAAGAGGAGUGCGACUGCGUUGAUGUUGAGGAGGAAGUCGAGGGCGGUAGGGUGGACGGUGGACCGGAUGCUGAGGCAAAGAGGAAGAUCAAGGCGAUCUUAGAGGGAGACAUGCGUGCUGAGUUGAAGUUCCUCGACAAGAAAUGGUCCGAACAAGGCAGACCCUAUCAUGUCGAAACAGUCAACGAUGACAUCCCGGAGCAAGUCGAUUGGCAAGAACAAUUCGCGCUUUGCGUCAUUCAACACAUGGACAGGUCCAACAAAUACGUGCAGUCGGUUUCUCUUCAGGUCAACUCUAAGCAUCUGAAGGACAUAUUGAAGGAUGUCAUCGGCGAUUACCCUGGUAUCUCAUUUCGCACCAAGGACAUCAGCAUCACAAAACCGUACCAUGUCCUCUAUCACUACCACAAGGAGCUGGAGGCUGCCGGUGAAGCUAUGCCAGUGGGAUCAGAGGCCGCUCGCCACCUCAACUUGUUACUCGACUUCAUCAAGGAGGAGUUCAGCGAGACCAUUACCGAGUGUGACAAUCUUAACAACCAAGGCCUGACGUCCUACCCACUUCUGUGGACCACUUUCCGCCCCGGCUGCACGGUCUACGCACUGGUCUUCGGACAGCCGCGCGCCUUCAUAUUAGAGAAGUCCCAGUAUCUCUGUGACCCUCCAGGCUUGCAGCUAAGCCUCAGAUUCGUGGAUUUCGACGGCACUGACUUCGGUACCCGUCAGACGAGCCGCUUCGUUCCCGCCUUCGCCGGCACUGAACGCAUUCGAGAGCUUACAGCGUAUCCGCUCGAAUGGCACCAAGAUCCAGCAGCCGCCAAAAAGAGACUUCUGGAGCGCGGUCGGGAGUUCGAGAAGCUGGCAGGCAUGCACUUCUGCAACUACAGAGGUAUCGCACUGGAAAAUGGCGGAUGCGGCGUGGGCCGAUAUAACUGUGACGGUCGCGUAGUAGUCGACACCAAGACCUUCCAUCGUCUGAAUGCGAAUUCCAGCUGGAACAUAACGGCUUUCAAGGUCGGUGAAAACGAAGCGCCAUCUCGCCGCAAAAUCGCAGCGAAGGAUGGCGUACCGGUUGAUCUGAUCCCCCAAAACGGCGCGCUCGACCCACUGACGGAUGAGCAAUGCCUUCUCAGCAACGCUAUGGUUCGGGGAUUCUCAUUCACCGAGAAGAAGUGGUUCGACUUUUUCGUGAAAGACCUAUCGUCUCCGGGAUGGGACCGCGAUUGCUUCGAGAAGUUGGUACUUCCUCCAGCGCAAAAGGACCUUGUGCGCGCACUCGUCGCCACCCAUGUCCAACAGCGCCUUGGUUUCGACGACAUCGUCAAGGGUAAAGGCAAAGGUUUGAUCAUGGUACUACACGGCUCGCCCGGCAUUGGCAAGACCCUGACGGCUGAAAUGGUGGCCGAGUUCUGCGAGCGGCCACUUUACAUGGUCUCAUCCGGCGACUUGGGCACAGAUGCAGAGACGCUGGAUGAGCGGCUUAGCAAGAUCCUAGACAUGGCAUCGACCUGGAAGGCAGUUCUACUUAUCGACGAAGCGGAUGUCUUCCUUGAACGCCGCUCCUUGCAUGAUCUUCAUCGGAACGCCCUCGUCAGCAUCUUCCUCCGCGUACUGGAGUACUACGAAGGCAUCCUCUUCCUAACCUCCAACCGUGUCGACACAUUCGAUGACGCCUUCAAGUCUCGCAUCCACGUUCCGCUCAAGUACAAUGACCUUACCGUCCAGAGUCGAAAACAGAUCUGGAAGAACUUUAUCGCUAAGAUGGAGGGCGAUAAUGUGGCGCCGAUGGAUGAGGAAGAUUAUGGGGCGCUCUCAACAGCCGUCGUGAAUGGCAGGCAGAUCAAGAACAUCAUCCGCACGGCAAAGUCGUUGGCUCAGUUCCAUGGCCAGAAGCUCGAUCGUGCGAUGCUUGAGCAGGUUGUCCAGAUCCAGGAAGCGUUUGAGCAGGACCUUGUCGAGAAGAACGGAACCCCAGACGUGGACGGCAGGCACUGA